GCCUCUGCCUCUACCCUUCUGGGGCAGGAGAGGACAUCUCUGCACUUCUGUAAAGGGAAGGGGGUAAGAGCUCUAGCCUCACACUAGGAGGACCAGCACGGGCAUACCUGCAGCUCCUGACGUCCCACUGGGUUUGAAGACAACUUGUCACCUUUUCGGAGGAAAAGAUGUGCUGGAGGACAUUGCUGCUUCUGCUGCUGUGCUAUGAUGCUCAGGCGACUGUGUCCCACAGGUGGAGCAGGGCCACGCUCUUUCCUGCCGCGCAUCGGCCAAAGAGGUCCUCAUCCCUGCCACUGAACCCCGUCCUGCAGAGCUCCCUGGAGGAAGUAGAACUGCUCUACGAGUUCCUGCUAGCUGAACUUGACAUCAGCCCUGACCUGCAGAUCUCCAUCAAGGACGAGGAGCUCUCCUCGCUUAGGAAAGCCUCUGACUUCCGCAUCAUCUGCAAUGACGUGAUCCCCAAGCACAUCCCGGACAUCCGCCGGCUGAGCGCCAGCCUCUCCAGCAACCCUGGUGUCCUCAAGAAAGAGGACUUUGAAAGAACAGCACUGACCCUGGCCUACACGGCCUACCGCACAGCCCUGUCCCAAGGGCAUCAGAAGGACAUCUGGGCCCAAUCCCUCCUUAGCCUCUUCCAGGCCCUGAGGCACGACUUGAUGCGGUCCUCAGGCCCCGGAGUGUCUCCCUGAGGGACCGGCCCACGCCAGGACCACGGAGCAGGGCCCAGCACACACAGUAAUCCAAACACUCUUCAUUCUCUACUCCAUUUACAGAGCCCAGCAACAAAGCGUGUGCCACCAGCUCAGAGUAGCAGAGAUCAAAUAAGUCACCCCACGCCCUUUGCCCCCUUGUAGUUUCCUGACAUGCACAUCUGAUCACACUCUGUGACCGGGGCUGGAAGAAAGGGCUAGAGCGGUCAUUCAAGAUGCCUCCAAAGGCCACAAGAUUUGCCUGGUGACAUGCAGAAGUCUGAGAUAUCACUCAGCCCUUCAUCACUGAGGGGCUGCCAAAAGCACCCUAGGGUGAAGACAGAGCAGAGGAGACAGAGGUUUGGGCAUGGCAGGAAGCUGGGGGACAGAGAUCAGGGCGUGAGGCCGAAGGAACCUCAUUCCAAAGGUUCUACACAGUAAGAUACUUAAACCAAAAACCUAGAGCUAAAGCCAAAUAAAUACAUUGGUAGCCAAAGGUCUACUUCUCAACUUUUCCAAACGUCACCAAGAAGAAUCAGUUAGAAAAUCAGUAACAUUAGGGCCUGUCGGUCUUGUCUCUUCUCUGAAAGCUUAUCUAAUACAGAGGAGAAGCAUGAAGGGGUCUCACAGAGAAGCCGCAAACAGACCUUGUCUUCCGAACAGAGAAAACCAGCAGAUGCAGAGAGGGUCACCCUAUGAAGAGGUGGCAUCAAUAUCCAUGCCUGUCUAUCUGGCUGCUAAAAUUAGCUAGCAUCAUCAGAGAAUCAAGUGCCCCCCCAAAAAAUGUUUCUUUUAGACAACGGGACUUACCCUUUCAAAUGCCAGAACUUUUGUUUUAGCAAUAUUGACUGGCUAUCUUUUUAAACUGUAUGUACAAGCCAUCUUGAGCUUUUAUUUAGUGUCUUUGAAACAUUCUGAUGAAGGAAUUGGAUUAUCUUACUUCUAAGAUUGCUCAACUUCUGAAAGUUCCAUGAUCACUGAACCAGCCGUGAAAUAUUACAGGGAGGACCCGGGGACCUAAGGGGUUUGCCAGACUAUUUGCACCAAUCCCAGAAGGCCCCCCAGGCUUUGCUAAUUCUGUCUGGUGUGCGUUCUGCUGCCUUCUGCACUGUGAGACUGUAAGAGUGCACUCUUCUUUCUUUCCAACAUAACUUGCCCUUUGCAAUGUGUCUGAUUUUGGCUGCUACCAACUAAAUAACAAAGCGGUGAGGCUUGUCAUAAUUCUGUGUUAAAUCGUAGUUAGUCAGUGAAGAUCCCGGCGAACAGAACGCACUGGGCUCUCAUAUGGAUUCCUCACCGGCUCUCUAGAUUGACAGCUGGGUUGUGGAGGCUAACAUUGCAAGAGGUCUAAUCUUUGAAUGAGUGAGAACUUAUCCAGCUAAAUCUGAAUCUGACACGGGUAUUUAACAAUUGUCAUUUGAUGAUGGCCUAAAGUUGGUCUGCACUUUUUAAGAACGUUGAGUAAGUGAUUGCUUUGCAGUUGCAUAAUUCUUUUGGGAGAAAUAGUGGGAUGUAGGAAGAAGGUAUUCAUCAUCAGAGAAAAACACAGCAUGGAAAAAAUCCUGAUGUUCUUGGGCUCAGAAGAUCAAUGACUGUCAGUCUGUCUGGUUCUCAUUUCCUGAUUAUACCGCUCUUUUACAUCCCUCAGAUGCAGUCUCUGCUGUAUGCUUUGGUUUAAGUUUUCUCUUUCUAAUAUUACACGUUCUCUUGGACAUGGUUUGUGUCUCUUCUGCUUUCUCUUUGGGCCCAAUUUUGAUUAUCUUUGUAUCCACUUCUUGAGGCACCUCCCAGUCUCUUUCAGUUGACUUACGCUCACUCUAGCUCUGUCUGCCUGUACACUGAUGCUCACUGUCCUCAGCCCCUUUUGGGGAUCACUGUCUGACCAAAACAAAGGUCAAAGUACAGGGCCGAGAUUUCCCAGAAGGCAGAUUAGCCUCACGGCUGCCUUCACUAUUUGUACUUUGCUGGAUGUGGGGUGGGGAGAAGGUUAGCAGAGGCCUCAAUCCUUUGACAUUGUGCAAUACAUACCCUGACAUCAGAGUCUUGCAUCCCAUCCCGGGGCUCCACCCCCAUCAGGAUGGAUCUAGGAGCCUUUUUUUUUUUUUUUUAAAUCACUGGAUAGAAAGACCACCUUGGUUGUCCCUCUCUGUCAUGUUAUGAUAUUCAUGGCUAUUGCUAGUAGUAGGAGAUUCAUGCAUGGGAGGAAGGUUCCCAGGACCAGCGAUAACCUGGAAGUCCAUUCACCCUGUAGCAAAAUUAAAGGCACUUUGGUACUUGUAAAUUGAGGUACGUAUUUAUGUGGCAAUCAAGGACUGAAAAAAAAAAAAAA